AUGUCGAGUUUGCAGGUACUUACUCUCGGAUCAAACCCUAACCUUGCUUUCUAUGCCUGGAGGUUACAGAAUACCGGCGCUUGUAGCGUCUCCAUAGUGAACCCAUCCAUAGAUGCCGGGUCCAUUAACUGGAGCUCGUCAGCUUUUGGUAAGGCAAACCAGUACCAUCCCUACAGAUGCUCGCAGACGUUGACGCAAAUCGUGAAAGGUUCCAUCAAGUUUGAUAUCGCCAUUAUUUGUUGCUCGUCGCUACAAGACUUUCAAAGUUCAUGCGCCAGUCUCCUCCCUUACCUUUCGGACGAAGCUAUAGUUCUUGUGGAGAGUACAGGGUAUGUAAAUCUAGAACCGUUUGUAUCUAGUGCCUUACCUUCACGCCUGAACAUCCGCGUGGGAUCGAUCAUGAAUGAGUCUGAUGUCAAGCAGUUGUCUCCCAAUCAUUUUGUUCAUCAGGUGAGAGCAGAGGACAAUAGAAUCUAUUUGGGAACGGCCACCAAUAAGCUGCUUGCAUCUGCACCAAGUUUUAAAAGAUGUUUCAAAUUGUUCCAAUUAGCGCAAGAAGACUCCAAUGGAGCUCUCGCGUUGCUAAAAUCUACCAAUCCUAACGAGUUCAUGACCUACCAAUGGAAACUUGCCCUUCCUCGCAUCGUUUUCAGUCCCUUAUCUAUCAUAUUUGAAACUGAGUUUCCUCAAGGAUUGGCGGCUCAGAUACUUUGUAAACCUUUGAUCACAGGUAUUAUCAACGAGUGUUUUAAAAUCAUCAAAAAGAUGGACUGUAAAUUAGUCAAGGGUUUUGAAAAUGAACAGAACUUGAUGAAAAACUGGUCCAGGUGCUACCCCAGUGUUCCUGACAAUGCCGAUUUAAUUCAAUCACCCAGUUUGUUUUAUAAAUUUUACCAUCGUCUAGACAUGGAGCUCGAUUUGCUUUUGUUGCAGCCUAUCCUCCUCGGGGAUGAUCACGGUGUCAAAACUCCUUAUUUGGAGAACCUCUACUCAACAAUGUGUCAAUUGAACCGACUCAAUUCCGAAAACUCAGAGUCGAUUUUUUUCGUCAGAAAGACUCCUGGAUUCAACAACGCAAGAAUGAAUCAACUUGAUGCGGACUUUGAUGCGAAAUUGAGCGAGUUCAAUGCCUUAAACGAACAAGUACAACAAUUGGAACUGAAAAAAGCGAGCAUAACGUCCUAUAUUUCUGAAAAAGAUCACAGGAAGAACGUUCUUGAGUCCGAACUUUCAGACUUGAAUCAUCGACUCGAAAGUCUCAAGGUCGAUGUACAUCAACAGCAAAAGAGCUAUGAAACUAAAAAACGUGAACUUGAAGAAUAUAACGUUAAUCAUCAGCGCCGUGUUUCUGAAUUGAUUGCCAAGGAAGAAGAGCUUCAAAAGCAGAACCAAAAGCUUGCUGCCCAAUCGACUGGUCCGAAAGUCCCAGAACUGCCACAUAAACUGCCCCAUAGCAAAGUGGCUAAUGGAAAGAGUCCUAGGAAGAGUAAUCCAAGGGACUCUACUAUGACUGUCCCCAACGAAAACCUUCGUGAUUUGGCAGAUAUAGCAUUAUACGGAGCUGCCUUGAACGGAGAACUGCAACCAAGAUCACAGGAUACAUUUAUGUCUGCCGAAGAGGUGGGAAACUAUAAUAAUGGAACUGCUCGGGAACAAGACCAGUCUCAACCAGCGCAUAACAAUUCUAUUCCUGGUAGUUUUCCCCAUGACGAACAGCCAGUUCAACCUCAAUUUUCAGGCUACCAAAACGAUCCCAGGUAUCAAGAAUUCAGGUACCAAGGGCAAAGAGGACAAGAACAACGCAUUGACAGAGCUCAAAGCUUGGGUGUUGAUACUCGUUUAAACCAGCAGCAUGGUAUGAAUGGCCAUGUACCAAACUUACCAAAUGGCUACCAACAAUCACCAAUGGACCAACAUCCACCUCAUGGAUUACCUGCCAAUGGAAUGCCUCCGAACGCACUUCCACCAAAUCUACGAGUUAAUUCCAUUGGAGGAAUGCCCAAACAGUAUACUGGACCUCCACAAGGACCACCACAAGGGUACGUCAAGCAAAGGCAGCAGUCCAUUCCCAACAGCUAUUCAUACUACGACCAGCAAAAGGCAUUCCCUCCACAGAACUCGGGCCAAUAUCAUGGUCAGUAUCAGUCCCAUUAUCAAGGACCUCCACCCAAUUUCCAGUAUAAUCAACCUCCUCCAGGUUUUCCUUCUUACAAUGAGCCCAGCUUUCAGUAUGCUGCACCUAUAGACCCAGGAGUGGAAUCUAGAUUCAAAACUCAACUGAGACGUCCCAAUCGCCGUUCCGCUCUUCCACAAAUGGGAACUGCUGGCUUGGAGGUAGGUGGCCGUGGAGGAAUGCCUGGUGCAAAUCCUCAACCUGUGAACAAACACAGGUCUAUGCAACCUAUGGCUCCACAACAUCUGGGCCGCGCAUCUUAUGGUGGUUAUGGAAUUGCUGGAGGAAUGCCUGGAGGAGCUUCUGUAGGAGCUUCUGGAGCACCUGCUGGACCUACUGGGUUGGCACCUCAACAUACACAUCAGCAGCCUCCACGAGCUGCCUCUUCACAGCAAUUUCUUCAACUACCCAACUCCAAUGUUUCCAGCACAUCUUCAAUGAAUACUGGUGACACUCCAAAGACAAGCGAUGAAGCGUCCAAUGGUGUGCGCUUGCAGGUACCUGUGGCAGAUGCCAACGCCAAACCUCUUGGAGGUCUUUCUAGUGCAAACAAGGAUACUUGGGACAGUUCGCCAAAGAAGAAGAAGGGCUUGUUUGGUAAGAAAAAGUAA